AACGUGUGAAAGAUGUAACUGUCCAACGACGAUAUUUCAAUGCUUUUUAUAGCGCAUAUUAUUGCAAGGAAUUCAUAAUUCGACAAUCUCACACCGUAAUUGAUACAUUUGUAUUGAAAAUCAAACAGAAACGGGGGGAAAAACUCCAUACAAUUUCAACACUCCACGUAACGAAUUCAUAGUCAUGACAUGUGCAUGUCAUCUUCGGCAUAAAUUGUUGGCCUUGUGAGUGAGUUCAAGGGCACGGGCAAAAAUUUGUAAACAUGACAACCAGAAUGUGAUAUUUACAUUAUAGAAUUCUAGAAAACACGAAUUAUUCAAUAAGUUUGGACAUAGGAGACAAUAUAAGUAUGGACACAUUUACUGGUAAUGUACAUACAACAGACUGGCAGCUAUCAAAAGAUAAUGUUUCAGAGAGGAUUCGUAUGUUGCACAGUACUUCGCAAUGGAGUGACUGUUCUUUCAAAGUGGGUUCACAAACUCAGUCACAGGUUUUUAGAGCACACAAGCUGAUAUUAGCAGCUUCCAGUCCUGUGUUCGAAGCCAUGUGUUAUGGACCUCUGGCUGAGGAAGCAUGUGUGAAGAUCCCUGAUGUGGAGCCAGAAGUCUUCAGAAUUUUACUAGAGUACAUUUACACUGAUGUUGCAAGUAUUUCAUCAGUAGAUGAAGCAGCUGGAGUUUUGUAUGCAGCAAAAAAAUAUAUGUUACCUCAUCUUUGUCAUACUUGUCACAAUUACAUAAUAGAUAAUUUACGCCCUAGUAAUGCAAUGAGUAUUUUUGAAUUUGCAAAUGAAAUAAAUGAGGAGCAGCUUCUGGAGCCAUGUAUCAAGGUGAUGUGUGGGCAUACCAAAGAAGUCCUGAAAUCUGUGGAUGGUCAUAUGUCUUCACAUACACUUAAUGUACUCUUGAGCCAGCACAAAUUAAAUAUUAGUGAAACGGAACUGUUUGAAACAUGCAUUCAGUGGGCUGAAGUUCAGUGUUCAGAGAAAGGAUUAGAAAGAACUCCUGAAAAUAUGCGUGCAAUUUUGAUGAAAGCUGGUGCACUUUCUAAAAUACGAUUUCUGUCUCUCACUGUACAGGAAUUUGCAGAAGGCCCAGAGUCAUCCGGCAUUUUAACUCCAGAAGAAAUAGCUGUUUUAAAAGCAGUUAUUUUGGAAAAACAUGGUGACCUUAUUCCAUUACCAGAAGGAAUGUGCAAUGUUCCAUAUUCACGAGAUAAGAUAGCAAUAAAACAGUUUUAUUGUGCUCGUAAGUUUUUAAAGACAGCUGUUACAAUUUCUGGGCACAUUAGACUUCUAACCAAAGUACUUGUUGAUAAAUAUGUGAAGGUGAGUGGAAUAAGAGUUUUCACUAGGCUUGUGCCUCAGAGUGAGUUCAACUUGGCUCAUGGGCUGCCUCGAGAGUACCGUGAAAACUUGGACGUGUCUGUACUUGACCAACAUGGAACUGUACUCAGUAGGACUCUUUUUACUGAUGUUGUAGAAUACAAUACAUUGUCAACGGUAAAUUUUGAAGAACCAAUCGUAUUCAGCAGUAACAAAGAAUAUAGUAUAUUAAUGGUGCUACCUUGUCUGAGAGGAGAUGUUCAUGAGUAUCCACUGAGUUUCAUGUCACAGACUGAAAAGAGUCGAGGUAUUGAGUUCAGAUUUUUUGAUCAUGCUGAUAUUGAUGGCAAUGGUACCUUUGUAAGAAGGUUAGAUAUGGGAUUUGUAGAUGCAAUUGUUUAUUCAGUUUGAUACUCCAGAGCUUUCUUCCUCAGUUGCGUGUAAUAUUACAGUAUAUUUAUAAUUUUUACUUAUGGACCGUCUGACAGCAACUGAAUAAAACAUAACUUUAGUGCCAUAUGCGUUUCGGCUUUAUUUUCUGCAAGGCAUCAUCAGUGGCAGGUUGCGUGGACAAUUUCUUACAUAUUACGCUCCUGUUGCAUUUUUGGUGUUGUUGUUCUUGUUAGGAAUGCCAAUUUGCAGUUUUGUGUUUUAUUCUGUUGCUGUCAAACGGUCCAUAAGUAAAAAUUAUCAAUAUACCGUAAUAUUAGCAGACUUAUUUGUGACUACUUAAUACUAUCUCAUUGUUUUUUUCCUAUUUUUCUUUGCCACUUAUUGGUUUAAAUCUAUGAAGAAUGGUUGCUUAUAAGAGUGAAAUUGUAUGACAUCAAUUCCUCCUUACAAGCAAUGAUUUAUUUUUGUUGACCACUUGUUAUGAUAGUAUUUUCUUUCUCUUUGCUCAUUAUUGGUAUAAAAUCUAUGAAGAAUGGGUAACUAUGAGAAUGAUGUUUUGUGGCAUCAGUAUUUUCUUCUCUGCAAUGAGUGUUUUCUUCUUAUUCUUGGAAAAGAAUAGGUUUUUUCAUUUUCCAGAUCUCCCUCGACCCCAUACUCCCAAUGUUGUGUGUCUCCCAGUUGUGUGUGUGUUUGUGUAAAGCACAUGCAGUCAUAAUUACCAUUGUACAUUUGUACAAUGAAGUAAUCCAAAACCUUGACAUGUACAAAUGAAAAUUAAUUUAAAACAUUUAGGUAAAGCCAAUUUUACCUAGAUUUUACUUCUUUGCGUCUGUACAUUAAAUGAAAUUUUGUUAAAUGAGGCAUAUGUAAUAUGUGAAGUAGUUGAUAUAACAGUUGUGAAUGAAAUACAUGUGAGAUAAAAGAUUUGUUUGUUCAGAACAUAGACAAAUAUGUUCUAAUUGUUAAAAGGAAUGUAAUGAUCUGUUAGUCAGACAGUUAGCAGAAGCAAACAGUACUGGCAUCCUCAGUGGCAGAUAGAUGUAUGAAGGAAGAAGAAACUUGAUGCAAAAUUGGAAUACACACAUUUUGAGUCUACCAUUUUCAUAACACAGUGGUAUUGGAUAGAUGGCUGUUACAGAAAUAAAUACGUGGCAGUGGUAAAAGAAAGUGUCAUUUGAAGAAUUAAAAUGAUCAGAUCAAUAAAUCUGGGAAAAUGUAAAAAAAAAGAAGCACAAAUAAAGGAAUGGAAGGAAAAUCUAGAGAAGCAGCAUGAAGCCCUCAUUCUUAACACCGCAAUGGAAGCACUAGAAGAGAAUGAUGAAUAAUUAAGUUUGAAGUGAGGUAUACGGAAAAAAUGUUUUGUCAUUUGAAACUGCAAUGAGAACAAAUGCCUACAUGUGGAUGCACCUAUAUGCCAUGCUGAUGCAAAAGAGCUCAUUAUAGUUGGCCUUCUCUUCCAACUGUUGGACAUAAACUGUAGUAGGGUUACCACCAUUCAGUGAUUAUCAUUUCUCACAGUUGUGGCAAUAUAUAUUUCUGUACUUUGUUUGUGAGCUUAGGAAUAGUUUUUGUUGUUUUCAGAAGUAGUGCUUAAUGUAACUGAGGCAGUGAUGAUGGAUAUGUUAAGGCAAAUUAAUGUUUGAGACAUGCUCAGGACAUCUUGCUUCUUUCUACUUUGUACUCAUCUAGUGAACCAUGCUUCUUUUAAUAUAAUUUUGUCAUGUCCUACAAAACAAUUGUAAAGUUGUCUUUAGAAUAAGGCCAUAGGCAUAAGAGUGUGUGUGACACAGGCAAGUAAGAUAUUUGACAGAUAGUUUUCCAUGCCUUCUACAGAAAGUUAAUGGCAGGCAGUGGACACCAGUGUACCAUUGCUUCGUCAUUGACAGAAAAUUUCAUGUGUACAAAAUAUGAGGUAUGUUUUUAAGUACUGUUUUGAAACAAAAACAAAACAAAUAUACUUUUCUUAGUAAUUUUGUUUUUACACUAAAGCCUGUAUUGUAAUCCAUUUUUCUACAUGAUUCCCACCUACAUUAAGGUACUUACCAUAUCAUACACCCAGGUUUUGGAUACCUUCAUCGUUGUCGUGGUGAUGACCACUCAGAUGCUUCUGUAAACGUAGGAACACAUGAUAGUCACAGAGGUCUAGAUCAGGACUGUAUGGAGGGUGAUCAAGUUGUUCCCAGCCAAAUGAUCUGAUGAGCUCGUGAGUUUCAUUGGCCACAUGUGAACGGGUGUUGUCAUAAAGCAAAACAAUCCCCUUACUCAGCAUACCAUUCCUUUUGUUUUAGAUUACAUGGUACAGUUUUUUUAAGGUCUGACAAUAUGUUUUAGAAUUUGUAGUGUCACAAUGGAGCAAAUGGCCCCAAAAAUGGUACAUAUGAUUUUCCGGGAUAAAAGUGUUUGUUUGAACUUCACUUCUUGGUUGAUGUUGAAUGUUGUUGCCAAUCCGUGGAUUGCUGCUUUGUGUCAGGUGUAACAUAAGCCACCUUUGUUUUGUCAUCUGUGACACUUUGACUUAAAAGCUUGUCACCUUCUUCACCAUACCACUCUAGGAAAGUCGAAGAAAUGGCUAAAUGUUUGCUUUUGUGCCCUUCAGUUAGCAUUUUCUGUACAUAAUGUAAGCAUAAUUUUUUGAUAAUUUAAAUGUUCAGUAACAAUUGCAUAAAGCACACUUCUUGACACUUAAGGAAACUCAUCACAUCAUGUCAAAAUUAUAAAGCAUCUGUUAUCUCUCACUUUUUCAUUAACUUUCUGUAAAAAAAUUGUCAGUAAUGAGUGACGAUUGCCCACUUCAUUCCUCGUCAUGUAUGUUUGUACGGGCAUUUUUAUAA